GCAGCACUUUGCCUGACCUGGACUCUUCCUACCCCAUGUUGGUGUUGGUGGGCCCCGUGUCCUGUGGGAAGAGGGAACUCACUCAUAAGAUCUGCAGGCAGUUCAACAAUUUCUUCAGGUUCGGUCCCUGUCACACCACCAGGGGACCUUAUUUUGGGGAAGAAAACAGGCUGGAUUAUUAUUUCAUCUCUCAAGAAGCAUUAAGGAAAUGGUGGAUACAGGGAAGUUUCUAGCAACCUACAAAUACAGUGGCCACCACUAUGGAUUGGGAAGAGACACUUUGGAAUCCAUUGCCAGGGAGGGGCUCGGGACCUGCGUUCACUUGGAAAUCGAGGGUGUGAGGAGCUUGAAGUGCACCUACUUUAAACCCAAGUAUGUCCUGGUGGUGCCCACGGACAAGGAGGAAUAUGAGACCCAUCUGAGGAGGACAGGAUUGUUCAGCAGGCCAGAGAUUGAAGAGGCAGUUUCCAGAGUGGACAUGUACCUCCAAAUCAGCCAGGAUUCCCAGGAUACUUUGAUGCAGUCAUCAACACGGAUGACUUGAAUGAGGCAUUCAUGGAGCUGAGUCUCCUCAUGAAGAUGUUCCUGGACUUGGAGCUCCCUGCAGCCUCUGAUGACAUCCAGGACACCAGAAGCAG